ACGUUGUACCUGGCCGCCCGGGAAGUUCUUCUUGAUGCAGUCACCAUCAAUCACUCCAAGUUAUAUAUUUUUUUGAAAAUUAAUUAGCUAAUCUUGUUUAAAUUGUGUAUAAGCCAAGUAGAAAAUGAGCGUCUCCACCACAAAAUCUUCUGGCCAACAAAAGAAGGGAUUGUUACGAUGGACGUUGGAAUUCAAUCCCCCACAGCAAAGAAAUCGCAACGACUCCCUUGCCUCCCCACCUGGUUUCAGUUCCAACGUUGCUCACCAUCAUACUGAAGUUUCGAGAGAUAUUGACCCGAAUCUGAUUGUCAAAAGGUCAUGGGACUUUGCAUUGGCUCCGAUUAAACAGGUCCCCAUGAACCUGUUUUUAAUGUACAUGGCUGGAAAUUCAAUCUCCAUCUUUCCAAUUAUGAUGGUGGGGAUGUUAUUUAUGCGUCCAAUUAAGGCCAUGCUCGGGAUCACAUCCGCCUUUAAAAUGAUCGAAGGGAGUCAUCACAUUGUUCAAAAGAUGGCUUACUGCUUCGGAAACUUGGUGAAUUUAGGCCUGGCGUUGUACAAAUGUCAGUCGAUGGGACUACUCCCCACCCACUCGUCAGAUUGGCUAGCGUUUGUCCAGCCGCAAGAAAGAAUUGAGUUUUAUGGCGGUGGGAUUAGCCUCAUUUAGAAUAAAAUUAGUUAGCUUAUGAUACAUAAUCUAUAAAAUUUUGAUAUACACACAUGAUUCAUUCAUUAUUUUAUAGGAAAUACUUGAUUGUGCUAUGCCAAAAAAAUCGUCAACACUGUUUCAGUCAAGAAUGUCAUUAUUAUUCGCUUGUUAGAAUUUAACUCUCGUUUUAUUACAUGUAAUAAGAAAAACAUGAAAAAUAUCUUUGUAACAGGUUCUGAAUUGAAAUGUUUAAAGUUUCCAUUUUUGAAUGAA